AUGGCAUCGUCGUGGUGUAUCUUCUUCCUCUCCUUCCUCUCAGUCCUGCAGCGAGUCUGCGCUGAGGAUGUGAGGAUAUCAUCAAAACCCGAGCCCUCGGUGUGGGAGGUAGCCUCACUCAUGCACCUCCAACUCACUGCUCCCGAGUCGGAGGCGCUGCAGCUAACCUACAGCGUCUACCCGCUUACUGAGCACGCAGGUCUGAACCGGACCGACCGAAGCUCCAUCUGGAUUCGCGGGAGCUUGAUUGCUGCCGGCGUCCCUGCGAAUGCCGAGCGCCUAUCUGACACGGAAACUAUAGCCUUUCUCAGCUGUGACGGCGAAAACGCGACGCAAGAGGUUAAUCAGCUCAUUGGGGCCAGCCCCAAGGCGAUUUUGCUGUACAGCGUGGACGGGAACGCUUGUAGCCUUGAGGGCGACGACUUGAAUUACGGCUCGAUUUACACCAUGGGAGACUCAGCAGAGGCACGAGAUACCAUGAACAACACGAUUCGCGCUGGAGGAGUCUUGCGGGCCACUAUUACGGGCAACUCGAACAUGACUAGCACACUGCCAGGGACUCGGGAACAGAGCGGCAGCAACUCGGCGGUUGCCAUGAGCAUCCUUUACAGCAUCACCGGUCUGAUCACGCUGCUGUUUUUGGUCAUCAUUGGCACGGGAGCCAUCAGAGCACACCGCUACCCCGAGAGGUACGGGCCGCGGUCCGGAUAUGGUGGGCGCCCUUCGCAAAGCAGAGCAAGGGGGUUGGCGCGCGCAGUGUUGGAGACGCUGCCGAUCGUGAAAUUCGGGGACCCGAGCCCCGCAAAACCCGAUCCAUCUCUCGAACUCGAAUCUCAGCCAUCAGCGACGGGGCCCGAUCCGACAAUGGGGACCAGGCUAUCCGCGAUUCCUGAAGAACCCCGGACUCCGCAAGUGCACCGGAGCGAUGCCCCGCCCAUGUCGGGUGCUGUACCCGGGGAGGAGCUCACAGCGACAGGCGCUCAAGCUGAACUGUCCGGGGCGUGGAGCGAGGAUAGAGUCAGGGCGAGGACGCACGGCCGACCGUCAGAAGAACACCUCGGCUGCUCGAUCUGCACUGAGGAUUUUACUGUCGGCGAGGACGUCCGCGUUCUACCCUGCGACCAUAAGUUUCACCCCCCCUGCAUCGACCCCUGGCUAAUCAACGUCUCGGGAACCUGCCCAUUGUGCCGCCUCGACCUCCGCCCGCAAAGCCGCCUAACGCGCGACGGCAGCGUAGACCCAGACGACCCCUUCCUCGUUGCCCCGCCCCUAGUAGCAGCCGAGAACUGGGCCGACCACGAGAAUAAUAACAACAACAGCAACCCUACCAUCAGCACCGUAACCAGCACACAGCAGCACUACAGGCGGUCCUCGCUGUUUCUUGACCUCCACCGCCUGCGCCACGCUUCAAUUGAAGAGCGCAUCGAGAUACUCAGGCGGCAUCGCGCGCGCCAGCAGCAGCAGCAGCAGCAGCAGCGCGAGUCAGCAGCAGUAGCCGGCGGUGGUGAGACCGAGGAACAGCGCGGCCGCAGGGCGAGACUUGCAGAUCGGCUCAGGGAGCGGCUUCGGAUUCGGACUAGGACGCUUAGUCCUCCCAGGGCGGAAGGGGUGGAGCAGAUGGGGACGCAGGCGAGUACUCUUGCUCGAGUAUAG